UAGUACGUCACAUGAUGGCGCCUGGUCCUACCCACUAACAACAAACCACUAGAACGUUCAUACUUUUUUAAACUGCUUAGUCCUCUAAACACAAACAAAAAUGUUUAGCUUCUUUUAGCUUCUUCAGUGAGGAAACAACAACGAAGGAAGCAGACAUGUAUCGCAGUGUGUUGCUGUUCAUCUGCGUAGUGAGCUGUGUGUGGUUAUCUUCUCAUGCGGUGUCAUCGGGGAGAUCAUUCACUAUCGACUACAAAAACAACUGUUUCCUAAAAGACGGAAAGCCUUUUCAGUACAUCUCUGGCAGUAUCCAUUACUCCAGAAUUCCACGCUUCUACUGGAAGGAUCGUCUGCUCAAGAUGUACAUGACUGGGCUCAAUGCCAUCCAAGUGUAUGUGCCUUGGAAUUUCCAUGAAACCGUAGAAGGGGUCCACGACUUCUCAGGGGACAGGGAUUUGGAGCAUUUCCUGGAUCUGGCCAAUCAGACAGGUCUUUUGGUUAUCCUGCGCCCGGGCCCAUACAUCUGUGCCGAAUGGGAGAUGGGGGGGUUGCCGGCUUGGUUGCUUAAAAACCCAACCAUUGUACUACGCUCCUCUGAUACAGAUUAUUUACAGGCAGUCACUAAUUGGUUCGCUGUUCUCCUCUCCAAACUGAAGCCUUGGCUGUAUAUUCAUGGUGGAAACAUCAUCAGUGUCCAGGUUGAGAACGAGUACGGAAGCUACUACGCUUGUGACUACAACUACAUGCGUCACCUGCGGACUCUGCUGCGAGUGUUUCUGGGUGAAGACGUCAUCCUUUUCACCACCGAUGGAAACACGGACAAAGAGAUGCGAUGCGGGACCCUGCAGGGGUUAUAUGCCACUGUGGACUUUGGCACAGGCGACAACAUAACGGAAGCCUUCAGACGUCAAAGACAGUUUGAACCUCAAGGUCCAUUGGUCAAUUCAGAGUUUUACACUGGCUGGUUGGAUCACUGGGGAGAUCAGCAUGCUAUGGUUGAUACUCAGAAGGUCAGCAGAGGGUUAGCGGAGAUGCUAACCAUGGGGGCAAAUGUCAACAUGUAUAUGUUUGAAGGCGGCACCAACUUUGGCUAUUGGAAUGGUGCCGAUCAUGACACCAGAUUCCGUCCUGUGGUGACGAGUUACGACUAUGACGCCCCGCUUACUGAGGCAGGGGACCUCACAGAGAAGCUUUUGGCCAUCCGAGACGUCAUUAAACUGUUUAAAGCCAUUCCCCUUGGACCCAUGCCGCCCGCGACCCCCAAGUUUGCCUACGGGUUUGUGACUCUGAAAAAGGUGGGCAACAUCAGCGGCUUGUUGGACACCCUUUCCCCCACGAAGCCUGUACAGUCUCGGUACCCUUUGACCUUUGAGGAUAUCAAACAGUUCUAUGGAUACGUGCUUUAUCAGACCGUGCUGCCUCGGGACCUCACUGAGCCCACGCCGCUCAUCUCUCCGAUGAAUGGAGUUCAUGACCGUGCGUAUGUGUCUGUCAAUGGGGUCUUCCGGGGUCUCUUAGAGAGGGACACUGUACUGGUGAUGAACGUGACUGGACGGCAGGGGGACCUUGUGGAGAUCCUUGUGGAGAAUAUGGGCAGGGUUGACUUUGGCAGCCACAUUAAUGACUACAAGGGGAUCAUCAGCAACCUGAUCUUGGGUCAGGAUGUACUAACUGACUGGAAGAUGUACCCCUUGAACAUCGAUGGAGCCAUUGCUGCUGGAUGGCCUCACUCGCUUAACAAAGAGUCCCCUCCUGAACUUAAAGUCGGACCUUCUGUCGGGCCCACUUUCUACAUGGGGACACUGCAGCCCAAUGGCGUCACAUGGGACACCUUUCUCAGGCUUACGGAUUGGACAAAGGGUCAGGUUUGGAUUAAUGGCGUGAAUCUGGGGCGAUACUGGCCAGUAAGGGGCCCGCAACAGACCCUGUAUGUUCCCGGACCCUUGCUGAGCACCACCAUUCCAAACAACAUUACAGUGCUGGAGCUGGAGGGGGCGCCAGCACAUUUAAGGGUCCUCUUCAUGGACAGACCUCUGCUCAAAGUUGCAGCUGACAAGUCAUGAUGAGUUUGGAAGCGGACAGUAACAUCCGACCCAUGGUUUCCUGUUUUGUAUAUCAAAGACUUUGAUUUAGGGCUGCACGGUGGACAAGUGGUUAGUAUGCAUGCCUCACAGCUAGGAGACCCGAGUUCAAUUCCACUCUCGGCCAUCUCUGUGUGGAGUUUGCAUGUUCUCUCCGUGCAUGCGUGGGUUUUUCUCCGGGUAUAAAAACAUGCUAGGUUAAUUAGCGACUCCAAAUUGUCCAUAGGUAUGAAUGUGAGUGUGAAUGGUUGUUUGUCUAUAUGUGCCCUGUGAUUGGCUGGCCACCAGUCCAGGGUGUACCCGGCCUCUCGCCCGAAGACAACUCGGAUAGGCUCCAGCAACCCCCGCGACCGUCGUGAGGAAAAACGGUAGAAAAUGACUUAAUGAAUGAAUGAUUUACCAUUAGGGCUGCACGGUAGUCGAGUGGUUAGUAUGCAUGCCUCACAGCUAGGAGACCCAAGUUCAAUUCCACCCUCGGCCAUCUCUGUAUGGAGUUUGCAUGUUCUCCCUGUGUGCAUGCGUGGGUUUUUCUCCGGGUACUCCGGUUUCCUCCCACAUUCCAAAAACAUGCUAGGUUAAUUGGCGACUCCAAAUUGUCCAUAGGUAUGAAUGUGAGUGUGAAUGGUUGUUUGUCUAUAUGUGCCCUGUGAUUGGCUGGCGACCAGUCCAGGGUGUACCCUGCCUCUCGCCCCAAGACAGCUGGGAUAGGCUCCAGCACCCCCGCGACUGUCGUGAGGAAAAACGGUAGAAAAUGAAUGAAUGAUUUACUGUUAGGGCUGCACGGUGAUCGAGUGGUUAGUAUGCAUGCCUCACAGCUAGGAGACCCAAGUUCAAUUCCACCCUCGGCCAUCUCUGUGUGGAGUUUGCAUGUUCUCCCCGUGCAUGCGUGGGUUUUCUCCGGGUACUCCGGUUUCCUCCCACAUUCCAAAAACAUGCUAGGUUAAUUAGCGACUCCAAAUUGUCCAUAGGUAUGAAUGUGAGUGUGAAUGGUUGUUUGUCUAUAUGUGCCCUGUGAUUGGCUGGCCACCAGUCCAGGGUGUACCCCGCCUCUCUCCCCAAGACACCUGGGAUAGGCUCAAGCACCCCCCGUGGUAGAAAAUGAAUGAAUGAAUGAUUUAGCAUUAACACUACUGUUGUUUAAAGGAGCAUUAUGGCCACCCGGGAAAAGAACCCAGACUAUACACACCCUGAAAUCACCUUUUUUCUCGGGUUUGAACGAAAAUGCAAUAUUACACGAUUCAAAUUAGCAAAUUUCUAUAGACAAUUUUGACAUUUCACUUAAGGACAUUACAACUCUAUUCCUGUAUUAUGCAUACCCCCAUGAAAUACCAGUAUUUUUUCCCCCAUUGUAUUUCAGUUUUAUUCUUUGGCUAUCACAACUUUUUUUUUCUUAUUUUUUCUUUUUUCUUAUAUGAUUUUUUUUCAGUAUGUAAAACGCAGCACCUUCAAUUUAAUUCACAAUUGAACAGGAAUGGUCUUCAAUACCAUUAUGGACAAUUCCGGGUGGUUACUUUUCAUUUUGAUCCGAAAAGAUGAAACAACCAACUUCUCAGACAUUUCCAUAAUUGAUACAUAUUUCCAUAACAUUCUACGUUGUUAUUUACUUUUUUUUUUUACUUUUUAAAAAAAUAAUUGCUUCUGAAAGAUUUCCGUGGCCUGGUUCAGCAGCCGUUUGGGAAGCCCUGCUAUAAAGGACACAGCCAUAAUAAAAGUCCAACUGGAGUACCUUCCUGUUAGCUCUUUCCUGCUGGAGUAUUAGCUUUCCGAUGUGCCUGCACACAUCGAGGGGUGCAGAAGGAAAAAUCGAGGUAUUGGAAUGGGAUCUUUCCCUGCAGAGACUCUCCACACUGCCAGCACCUCCUGAUUGAAAGGCACGUACCACAACACAAAGUGACAAAUCAGACACAGAGCGGACAUUUUCUGACAUUGUGUGACUUACUUGAUGUUCAACGGGUUCGCUCCUGCUGUAGCUGCUUGUUGUGCCAAUCUCUUCUCGGCUGCCAAUGCUCUCUGUCGUUAAAAGAGAAAUAUAUUGUAGAAAUUAUGGCAAUAAAUGACAAACAAGGUGCGUGAACUCACCUUCUCCCGAUCGGAUAAAGCAGCAAACCUUUUCUUUUCCUCUUCUUCCAGCUCUUGUUUCCUCUUUUCAUCCUUUUGUGUUUUUUCCCGCUGUUUUUUCAGCGCCCUUUGAGCCUUCUUCUUCUCCAUCUUCAUAGAUUCGAUCUCCGCUGUUAACGGCCCGGGUAU